AUGGGGUUUCCCCAACUUUUGGUUGAAUACGAGCUUCAGUCGAAAGAUGAGAGGCAAAACUCCGGGGGGCUCUCUUCGCGACCAUUUGCCAGAGCUUUCAUCAAAGGCCCUUCAUCAAUGACUGCAACCUUCUGGUUGUUUAAUUCCCCCGUCUUUCCGGCCAUCUGCACAUUCCUCGUCCAUAUCGGUAAUAUCAACGACCAAAAACAUCUUCUGAGCAUCGCUCCCUCCUCCGAAUCCUGUCUUCACGGUUACUUCCCAUCACCGGCAACUACGUUUGCCCCUGUACUCGAGUCCACUAUGACUCCAUGGCCAGCUCGUCGUCCCGUCCCUCCUCCACCUUCCGAACCACCACCUCCUCCACCACCACCUCCACCACCUCCUCCAAAGGAUGGAGCGUUUCUACCAUUUGCCUCAGCUCUUCCAGCUCCUGCGUUCCGAACUACACCAUCAUCCCCUGGCCGCGAGUCAGGUUCUGCCUCUGGUCUCAGAUAUCACCAUCAAACACCACACCGACCCACUGCUUACGAGGAUCUCGUCACUCGACUCCAUACCACCCCGCUAAAUGCGCCGCCGCAUUACUUUACACGGCUACCUAACUCACCGGCUUUCGACAACCCUCAGCUCAACGCAGGCUCGAGUUCUUCUGAAUCAGACCUCCACCCUCCCAGACCACGCCGUCCCGGCCAUGCGCGGUCUGUGAGCCAUCCGUUUCCCUACUUAUUAUCCAAGAAAAAACAACGCCCUAACAUCAACAUCAACCCUGAUUCUGACUCCGAAAUUGACGACGGAUUCCCACCGCGACCGCCCCAAGGCAAAUCUCAUAAGAGGGGGAACAUGGCGGGUGGCAGUCGGGAUUUUGUGACGGGAAACUGCAUGACCUGCAAUUCCCUUGUGCGAUGGCCCAGGGAGCUGAGGGUUUUCAAAUGCACCGUUUGUGUCACCAUCAACGAUGUCCACCCAGACCAUCGCCCGGAACCCCGAUCCGAGGACGCCCCGCGCUGGCUGCGAAACCCUGUUCUCGACGCCUCGUCCUCGCCCCCUAGGAGCAGUACUCGUCAGGCCGACAGAACAGAUACAGGCGAGAUUUCGUUGGAGCACACGAGAUCAUUGGUAUACCAGUGCAUUCGGGCAUAUCUCGCCUCGGCUGCCACCAAGGCUCAGCAUGGAGGGACCGCGGCGCGUUCUGCGAUGUCUGGCCUGCAAGCCGUAUCUCCAUUUGAGGACGAACAUUCAUGGGACCCAACCAGCGAAACGCCAUCAAAAUUCCAAUUUCUCCAACAGCCGACGCUUCAUCUGGAACCUCGCCGGGACCCAUCAACUGCUCGGUCUUACUCGUCUUCGUAUCCCGGUCGUCCACCUGUGCAUGACCUUAUAGCGGACGAAAGCACGCCUCGGUCUGGAGAACCGUCGUCACGGACAGAUCAGGAUGCAAAGCUGAUCUUCAAGCCCGUUGAGAAUUACAUCAUAUCUUGCUUCGGGUCUUUCCACCGUGUGAAUAAUUCCUUCCUUACCAACCUCUCAACACACGCAGCUUCGCCCUCCAAAUUCGUCACGACCAGGCGACCGUUGGCGGCGACUCGUCAAGAGCCUGCGAACAUGCCUUCGCAAGUAUGCGAUCUAGACCCGAAACUCCUACUGCUCGGCGACGUCGCGGAAAACGGAAUGUGGUGGACCGGUGUGCAGGAGGAUCCCCCUCCACAGAGCAAGUCGGAACGGCGUCGUCCGUCGGUGGCUACUCCCUCUAUAAUCACCUCGCAUUCCCCUCAGGUGGAUUGGGGCCGGGCAUCAGACUGGUAUGCCGCGGUGGUGAACGCAGCAGAAAGUUGGCCCUCCAUUUACGAUCAGCUUUGCGCAGAAGACGACUUCGAAGCGCUGCAGGUAUCUGUGUUGCGAGAUUUGGAGGCCACUCUCUUAGCUGCGCAGGAUCACCUCCAGCGGGUGCUGCUGAAGGCUACCGAGACGUUACUUAAACGGCCCGGGCGCCCCAUGAAGGACCCAAGUGACAUACGGUUUCUUCUGAUCAUCAUGCAUAACCCCCUCCUCCAUGACAACUUUGCGGCCUUCAGCGGCAGUCUCCAAUCCGGCGACGCCUCGCCUCGGCGGAGGAAUCCCUCAGCUGGGGGCACUCGGCAUCUACCAAGGCGCGGCCCAGUUUCGGGACAGCAUUCUGGCAUUAUCAAACGAAUUGUAGGUCUAAUGUCCAACGCAUCGAGCACCUGUCAGACUCACUUGGUUUCCUGGUUCGCGAGGUACUCCCAGUCGGCAUUCGCGUCGACCAAGGACUUGGUCGGUGGCUUUUUAACAUACAGGCUCAUUCGCCAACGUGAUAAGAAACAAGACGCCAGGGUGGACAUUACCGCCGGCUUGAUCCCCAACAUGACCAAUGAUCCCUCGGCGGCGUCACUUCACGCUGCUCUGAGCACACCCAGCGCAUCGAGGAAACCCAAAGAAAUGCCGAAGAAAAUGUUGUACCCUGACGACUGGCAAAUCCCUGCCGCUGCUCGAGUCAUGGCGCUUCUCUUUGCUGCCAAUAAUACGCUCAAUGUCAGGCAGGCAGACGCGUCGGCGUUAAGCAACAGUAACGUUAUUCUGCGGCAGGGUGUUCAGACCUAUGGUCAGCUGCUGCCAACGAGCGAUUUCUACAACAGUAUGGUCGACCGUGUCGACCUCGUGGCGGAUUUCGAGGCCUGGGAGUCGACGAGGGUCAAGUUCUGCUUUUGCCAGUAUCCUUUCUUGCUCAGUAUUUGGGCCAAAUCCAAAAUCCUGGAGUACGAUGCUCGCCGGCAAAUGACGAGCAAAGCGCGCGAUGCCUUGUUCGACAGCAUCAUGACGCGGAAAAACAUCAACCAAUACCUAACGCUCGACGUGCGUCGGGAGUGCCUGGUUGAAGACAGUCUGGCGGCCGUCAGCGAAGUCAUCGGGAGCGGCGGUGAAGACAUCAAGAAAAGGUUGCGAAUCGUCUUCAAGGGCGAGGAAGGCUAUGAUGCCGGAGGUCUUCGCAAGGAGUGGUUCCUCCUUCUCGUGCGGGAGGUCUUCAAUCCUGACCACGGUAAGCCGAUCCAGGGUCCAGUCCGGGUUCAACCGCUGACAGUUGCGCCAGGGAUGUUCGUCUACGAUGAGGAUUCCCAUCUCUGCUACUUCAACCCCAACUCUUUUGAGACAUCGGACCAGUUCUUCCUAGUGGGGGUUGUGCUGGGUCUCGCCAUAUAUAACUCGACCAUUCUCGAUGUGGCACUGCCGCCGUUUGCCUAUCGCAAGCUACUCGCAUCGGCGCCUUCGUAUUCAUCUUCCUCCGCGGCACAUCCGCGACCGAAUAUGACCUACAACCUAGAGGACCUAGCCGAGUAUCGCCCCCGCCUGGCUGCGGGACUCAAACAGCUACUUGACUAUGAGGGGGAGGUCGAGGACGUGUUUGGUCUUGAUUUCGUCGUCCCGGUCGAAAGAUAUGGCACCAUAUCGCAGGUCCCACUGUGUUCCGGAGGCGAGACAAAAAGCGUCACUAGUUCAAACCGGAAGGAGUACGUGGACUUAUACGUCCGAUACGUCUUAGAAGCCGCGGUGGUGCGACAGUUCGAGCCUUUCAAACGGGGCUUCUACACGGUUUGCGGGGGUAACGCGUUAUCUCUGUUCCGGCCCGAGGAGAUCGAGCUCCUCGUCAGAGGUUCGGAUGCGCCACUUGAUAUCAAGUCGCUCAGGGCGGUGGCCGAAUACGACAAUUGGGGCACCAAGAAACCGGAUGGAGUGGUGCCUGUGAUCCAAUGGUUCUGGGAAACAUUUGAACGGGCGUGUCCAAAAGAGCAACGAAGGCUCCUCUUAUUCAUCACAGGAAGCGAUCGGAUACCUGCCAUGGGCGCUUCGAUCCUGCCGAUCAAGAUCUCUUGCCUAGGGGAUGACGAAGGGCGGUAUCCCAUUGCGCGCACUUGCUUCAACAUGCUCUCUCUCCGCCGCUACGGAUCACGGGAGCGAUUAGAGCAUAUGCUCUGGACCGCGGUGCAUGAGAGCGAAGGGUUUGGCUUGAAAUGA